AUUUUGGAUGUCAAAAGGCACUGAUGAAGAUAUUUUCUCUGGAGUCUCCUUCUUUCUAACCCGGCUCUCCCGAUGUGAACCGAUCUGUAGUUCACCAGCCGCCGCCGCCGCCGCCUCCUACUCCACAACCCACCAUGUCUCGCCGCAAGCAAGGCAAGCCCCAGCACUUAAGCAAACGGGAAUUCUCGCCCGAACCUCUUGAAGCCAUUCUUACGGAUGAUGAACCAGAUCACGGCACGUUGGGAGCGCCAGAAGGGGACCAUGACCUUCUCACCUGUGGGCAGUGCCAGAUGAACUUCCCAUUGGGGGACAUUCUCAUUUUUAUUGAGCACAAACGGAAACAAUGCAAUGGCAGUCUCUGCUUAGAGAAAGCUGUGGAUAAGCCACCCUCACCUUCACCAGUCGAGAUGAAAAAGGCGUCCAAUCCUGUGGAGGUUGGCAUCCAGGUCACGCCAGAAGAUGACGAUUGUUUAUCAACGUCAUCUAGAGGAAUUUGCCCCAAACAGGAACAUAUAGCAGAUAAACUUCUGCACUGGAGGGGACUCUCUUCCCCUCGUUCUGCACAUGGAGCUCUUAUUCCCACACCCGGGAUGAGUGCAGAAUACGCCCCACAGGGUAUUUGUAAAGAUGAGCCCAGCAGCUACACAUGUACAACUUGCAAACAGCCAUUCACCAGUGCAUGGUUUCUCUUGCAACACGCACAGAACACUCACGGAUUAAGAAUCUACUUAGAAAGCGAACACGGAAGCCCCCUGACCCCGCGGGUUGGUAUCCCUUCAGGACUAGGUGCAGAGUGUUCCCAGCCACCACUUCAUGGGAUUCAUAUUGCAGACAGUAACCCCUUUAACCUGCUAAGAAUACCAGGAUCGGUAUCGAGAGAGGCUUCGGGUCUCGGCGAAGGGCGCUUUCCACCCACCCCCCCUUUGUUUAGUCCUCCACCGAGACAUCAUUUGGAUCCCCAUCGCAUAGAGCGCCUAGGGGCAGAAGAAAUGGCCCUGGCCACCCAUCACCCGAGUGCCUUUGACAGGGUGUUGCGGUUGAAUCCUAUGGCUAUGGAGCCUCCCGCUAUGGAUUUCUCUAGGAGACUUAGAGAGUUGGCAGGGAACACGUCUAGCCCACCGCUGUCCCCAAGCCGGCCCAGCCCUAUGCAAAGGUUACUGCAGCCAUUCCAGCCAGGUAGCAAGCCGCCCUUUCUAGCUACGCCCCCCCUCCCUCCUCUACAGUCUGCCCCUCCUCCCUCCCAGGCCCCAAUCAAGUCCAAGUCCUGCGAAUUCUGCGGGAAGACGUUCAAAUUCCAGAGCAACCUGGUAGUGCACCGGCGGAGCCACACGGGCGAGAAGCCCUACAAGUGCAACCUCUGCGACCACGCGUGUACCCAGGCCAGCAAGCUCAAGCGCCACAUGAAGACCCACAUGCACAAGUCGUCCCCCAUGACGGUCAAGUCCGACGAUGGCCUGUCCACCGCCAGCUCCCCGGAGCCCGGGACCAGCGACCUGGUGGGCAGCGCCAGCAGCGCCCUCAAGUCGGUGGUGGCCAAGUUCAAGAGCGAGAACGACCCCAACAUGAUCCCGGAGAACGGGGACGAGGAGGAAGAGGAGGACGACGAGGAAGAGGAAGAAGAGGAGGAAGAGGAGGAGGAGGACCUGACGGAGAGCGAGAGGGUGGACUACGGCUUCGGCCUCAGCCUGGAGGCGGCCCGCCACCACGAGAACAACUCCCGGGCUGGCGAGGAGAACCGUUCCAUCCCCGACGUGAUGCAGGGCAUGGUACUGAGCUCCAUGCAGCACUUCAGCGAAGCCUUCCACCAGGUCCUGGGCGAGAAGCAUAAGCGAGGCCACCUGUCUGAGGCCGAGGUGCACAGGGACACUUGCGACGAAGACUCAGUCGCGGGCGAAUCCGACCGCAUAGACGAUGGUACCGUCAACGGACGCGGCUGCUCCCCGGGAGAGUCGGCGUCUGGGGGCCUGUCCAAAAAGCUGCUCCUGGGCAGCCCCAGCUCGCUGAGCCCUUUCUCCAAGCGCAUUAAGCUCGAGAAGGAGUUCGACCUGCCCGCCACCGCGAUGCCCAACACCGAAAACGUUUACUCCCAGUGGCUCGCCGGCUACGCGGCGUCCCGACAGCUCAAAGACCCCUUCCUCAACUUCGGAGACUCCAGACAAUCGCCUUUUGCCUCGUCCUCAGAGCACUCGUCGGAGAACGGCAGCUUGCGCUUCUCCACGCCGCCCGGGGAGAUGGAUGGAGGCAUUUCGGGCCGCAGCGGCACGGGAAGCGGUGGGAGCACUCCGCAUAUUAGUGGCCCGGGCCCUGGCAGGCCCAGCUCAAAAGAGGGCAGACGCAGCGACACUUGUGAGUACUGUGGGAAAGUCUUCAAGAACUGUAGCAAUCUCACUGUCCACAGGAGAAGCCACACGGGCGAAAGGCCUUAUAAAUGCGAGCUGUGCAACUAUGCCUGUGCGCAGAGUAGCAAACUCACCAGGCACAUGAAAACGCAUGGCCAGGUUCUUCACACACCCCCAUUCGGCGUAGUGCCCAGAGAGCUCAAGAUGUGUGGCAGUUUUCGGAUGGAAGCUCGAGAGCCCUUAAAUUCUGAGAAAAUUUGAUGCCCUUUCCCCCCACCCAAGGCAGGGUGGGAUGUCCUGCCGCCCAGCCGACAUCAGAGCGUGGUCCGUCAUCCUGCUAGUUUGUGAUGUUUUCUGACAGUAGCCUCCAAGAAGCCGUCGUGUGAAGACAGAGUCCUGCGGAGUCCUCCCCGUUUGGGCCUGCAGCGCCAUUUUAUUUAUAUUUUUUAAUAAAAAAACAAAAAAAAAAACCAAAAACAUAAACAAACAAACAAACAAACAAACAAAAAAAAAAAAAAACCAGACCAGAAUCGCAUUGGAACAGUGAAUCAGUCCCAUGUUAUAGGGCCUACGGGCCGUCACUGUCUUUGGGUGAUGGCCAAGCCCUCUUGAAACCAGCCAAUUUAAUUACCUGUACUGUGGAAAAAGAGCAUGAGCCCCCCAACCCAUUGUUUCUAUACAUUCUACGUUGUCUUUUAAAACUUGUGCUUAACAUUGACACAAUAAAUGUUGGAGCUUUA